CUUCUUCAACAGGGAGCCGACGCAUUGACUGAUAAAGAAAGCCAGCCGCGGGAGCGAGCCGAGGAACUUGACGCAAGACUAUGCUUUUAGCACCACCCUGUCGUCCCCUCCGUGGCUCUAAACCGCGGCAGCUAAUCCCCCUAUAACUAACGUACCUACAGGGAGUGGAAGGGAGAGAAGAAAAAAAAAAGUCCGGCGGACUUGAAGCAUCAUCACCGGUCGCCUCAUCGUGAGAUCUGCAGAUCGAUCUCUCAAGCAACGCAACGCACCAACGCUCGUAGCGCACCGUCUACGGCGCACGCCAAAUCGGCGUGGCUGGCUUCGCGCGCGGGCGCGUAGGCGCGGAAAACAGCCAAGGUGAUUUUGAAGACACACGCAAUGUCGGCCACCGCCUCCACCAUCGGCGACGGCAUCUCCAGCAGCACGAGGACGCCCGACAAGGGCAGCAAGCUGCCGACGGCCAAAUGGGGCGCCGCCUGUGCGCCAUGUGCGUCGGCCAAGGCCAAGUGCAUCCGCUCCGACGAGACACCGGGGGCCAAGUGCGAUAGGUGAGUGUUGCUGUUGUUGUUACUCCCCUGCCUCUUUUUGAUUCAUCCCCAUGCAUAUUCUCCCAGUCCGGCCGUCGCCAAGUCGUGACUGGCCAUGACACUAUGCACUACUACCUCUACUGCUACUUGGCCCCGGCACUAGGUGGUUAUCGGCGCCGGUCCGGCAGAUCCGGCACUUUCCAUCGUCAACGUUGGUCGGUCCCUAGGCGAGAAUGAAUACGCUGAUCUGACGCGCAACCGCGCGCGCAUAUAGGUGCCAGCGACUGCUCAAGGACUGCUCGGGCCAGGUGCACCGGCCGCGGAAGAAGAGACAGUCGAAACCGAGGUGCGUGAAACACCUGCUAUCGUUGUCGUCUGCGAUGCAGCAGAGACACCGGGCCGGGCUCCGAGACAUUGCCUUCGGCACUGACCCAUGUGUCGAGCGAGCAGCCGCACCGCCCAGAUCGAGGAGCGCCUCAACGGGCUCGUCAACCUGCUCCAGGCGUCUGGCGAGUUCAACGGGCCGCGCUCCGUGCAGGCGUCGCCUCACAGCCACAGCCAGAAGCUCGAGACGCAGACGCCCUCGCCCGCACAGCACACGCCGUCGGGCAGCUCGACGACCAACGCGCCCCCGUCUUCUCACCCACAACAGCACGACUACGGCGGCGGCGGCGGCGACUGGUCCAUUCCGCCCUCGUACAAUGAGCACGCCGUGCCGGCCUGCAUCUGCCGGCCCGAGAGCGGUGAUGCCCCGCCGCCGCCCGACUCGGACGACGUGCUGCUCGACAUGUACCGCCGCGACAUGCAGCCCGUCUUCCCCUUCGUCAUCAUCCCGCCCGACUGCGAUGCCGGCACCCUCUACCGCAGCCGUCCCUUCCUCAUGUCCGCCAUCCGCAUGGUGGCCUCGUUCCGCAGCCUACGCUCCAUGCGUGCCCAGAUGUACCAUCUCAUGACGCACCUCGCCGACCACAUGCUCAUCCGCUCCGCCCGCUCCCUCGAUCUCCUCCAGGGCAUCAUCGUCAUGCUGGGCUGGUACCAGUACCACUGUUUCAUGCACGCUCAGAUGAACAACCUGCUGUGCCUGGCCACAAGCCUCGUCGCCGAGCUGGGGCUCAACAGGCCCCCCGUGCUCCGCGAGCAAGCCAGCCUCAUGAUCGCCCGGCCCGUCGAGCCCCCGGCGCGCACAAACGAGGAGCGCAGGGCUCUGGCAGCCGUGUGGUUCCUGACGUCGGCCAUGGCAACCAACUUUGGUCGGAUGGAGCCCAUGCGCUAUUCCUCGUACCUGCAAAAGUGCGUCAGGGAGCUCGAGGCUAGUGGCGAGUACGACACCGACGCCGCGCUUGUCUUCCUCGUGCGUGUCCAGCACCUGACGGAGCGGAUAUGGGACGUCAAUUCGGGCGAGAGGGAGCACGAGGUUAAUCCUGGAAUCCCCACGGCGCCGUCGUCGGCGUACAUCCUGGCGUUCCAAAACGAGCUGGACCGCCUCCGCAACUCCCUUCCUGACCACCUGAAAAUGGACAACGCAAUGCAAGUAUACAUCCACACGGCCAUGCUACGCCUCUACGAGCCGCCCGUGGCCGACAUGGCGCUCAUACGCCAGCUUUCCGAGUCGCUCACCAUGGGCUCCGCCGGUGCCGGCACGCCCCUCGACAGGAUCUACCAGACGAGCUCGGCGCUGCGGCUGUGGUUCGAAAACUGGCUGUCGGUGCCCGUGUCGGCGUACUACCGGCAGCCGGCGGGCAUCGCGGCACAGCUCGUGUACGCGCUGACGAUGCUCGGGCGGUGGGCAAAGCUCGCAACGCCGCGGACCAUGUACGAGGGCGGGACGCCCAUGCCCCGAGCCACGAGCGCCGGCAACAUGAGCAUGGCGGUUUACAACGCAGAUCCCCAGCAGCCGCCGGCGACGCGCGAGUCCGGGCUGGGCACGAGGGCGACCUCGGCGGCGGCGGCGGCGGCGGCUGCUGCGGCCGUCCAUGGUCACGGCAACCCCCACCACAACGGUCAAGGGCUGACUUCGUCGUCUUCGUCGUCAUCGCAAGGCCCAUGGUCGCAUCUCCGGCGCGACAGCAAGGAGUGCAUCACGACCGAAACGGAGCCGGGGCUGCCGGCAGCGGUAGGCGCGCUGCAGUCGCAGCUGCAGCUGCAGCCGGGGCUGACGGUCAAUAUACCCGAAAUCCUGUCGGCCAUCUGCAGCCGUUUCGAGCAGGUCAACUCGUCCUUUGACGUGGCGGCGUCGUCUGAAUCGGGCAAGCUGGACGGCAACAUAUGGAGCUUCAGCGCGCUCAAGGUGCGCAUUACGAGGGUCAAGCUGGAGCGCUGGGCGGAGCUGGUAUCGGCGGGCGCGGAGGCGUCGUCGUCGAACCGCGCGGCUGCGGGUGGCGGGGGGAGUGGUUUUGACAAUAAUCAGCAGCAGCACCAUGCGCCACAUCUACAGCAGCAACAGCAACAAAACCCGCUAGCGACGACGACGACGACGACGACGGGCAGCAACAGCAACGGCGCUGGGCCUCAAGCCCAAUGGCGUGGAUCGUAUCCACAGCACCACCAGCAGCAGCUUCACCAACAUCAAGGGAUGAGCGGCGCGCCGGGCGACAUGCAGCAGCUCGGCAGCCUGGCGCAGGACCAGACGCAGAUCCAGAACUUCCUCGGCAGCACGCCGUGGACGAGCGACAUGCUAGACGGCAUCGAUCCGACCGUCUGGUUCGACGGGUACCUGGACUGGGGCGCCGUGGUGAUGAACUCGAUGGGCACGGCCGAGCAGUGAGCGGGCCCCCUCCCCGCAUCGAGAGCGGCAGCAUGUGGCGGCCAAGAAGAGAUUGGCCGGCCGGCCGGCGCUCGGAACAGAUACCUAGACAAGGCAGUCACAGCACCUUUUAUCUUCCGAGAGGGACGAGACGAGUUAUUUAUUACGACUGGUGAAAACCCAACAAGGGACGAGCGGCAUCUUGUGUACAGUAUGGGAAGUGGCUUUUUUUUCCCUAAUUCAUUUUCCUUUCUUGUUUCUUUGUUUGGCUUGGGGCUGGCUGGCGUGUGCGGGCACAAAUAGACGGGCAACGGACAACAGGAGCACAGGGCAACAUGGCGCAAUCGGGGUUUUGUUGGUUUUACUGUAUAUCAAGGUACAUGUUGUAUUUAUGUCGCGACGACGACGACAUUACGUCUUCUUCUUUAUCUCAUCUCCUCCUCCUUCUCCCAAUCGCCGGAAACCCGUCAGUAUAUCUUACGUGCAAAAGCAGUCGGUAGAUCAAAUGCUGUUCGUAUUGUUUCG